AUGUUAACGACUCGUGAUUUAAAUCCGUCAAGCCAACCUUCGCCAGAGCAGGAGCGACCGCAGCAACAAAGGCCGCUGGUGACAUUGGACCAGCCAUCGACAUCGGCGCAGCAACCGGGUGUCCAGGCGCCGGGAUGUUUUUUGACAGGCCCCGAGGUGAGCCGCGUAGGAAUGCGAAUGCCGGAGUUCACUCCCGCGGAUCCUGAACUCUGGUUCAGUAUAGUAGACCGAAGUUUUCAGGCCGCCGGAAUAACGAUCGACGCAACGAAAUUUGGCUAUGCGCUGACGGCAAUCGGGCCGCGUUACAGCACCGAAGUACGCGAUAUAAUUAUGAACCCGCCGAAUGAAAGAGCGUACGAAACCUUAAAAACGGAGCUAAUUAAACGCCUUAGCUUAUCGCAAGAACAUAAAACGCGUAGAUUGCUAGAACAUGAGGAAAUCGGCGACAGAAAGCCGUCGCAAUUUCUGCGGCAUUUACGCACCCUCGCCGGAAGCGUCGUCGGCGACCAGGUUCUAAGAACUAUCUGGCUGAGUCGGCUACCGACGUAUAUCCAACCGCAUCUUGUGACGCGCCACGCGGAUACGAACGAUCAGUUAGCGGAUAUUGCGGACGCGAUCGUAGAGGCCACACGGGCGCCGACUUUUCAAGUCGCAGAGACUGCGCGGACUCCCGUGAUACAGAACGCAAAUGACACCAGUGCAAUCGAGGCAAGAAUGGAGGUAAAAUUCGCGCAGUUACAGUUGGCGCUACAACAGGAAAUGACGGAGAAGUUAUCGGCGCUCCAAAGAUCGAUCGAAGCUAUCGGAGAAGGCCGAUCCCGUCGGGAGAAUCGGGGCCGCGAAGGAGCGUUCCGAACUCGUUCGCGCUCGCGGUCGCGUUCUCGAAGCCGCGGACACGUAUCGAACGGACUCUGUUGGUUCCAUUGGCGUUUCGGGCCGGAUGCUCGACGAUGUGAGCCGCCUUGCUCGGCACAGCAACAGGGAAACGCAGGGGCCAGUCGCUAA